UGGGCUAUGCGUUUCCGGGCUCGGGGAUGGUGGUGCUGCUUGUGAGUGUGAGCCAGCUCUUCGCUUCAGCACUGUUGCAUGUUCAGUGAGUGGGAAAUAUGAGUGAAUGGCAGAGGAAAAGUCCUUUAGAGUGGCAGACUUAUGUGAACAAAGAAGUAAAAGUCACAGCUGCUGAGAAACAUGAAUACAAAGGAUGGGUCUUAACAAUUGACCCAGUUUCUGCAAAUGUUGCCCUAGUGAAGCUCAUGGAGGAUGGAAAAGUAUGUGUCUCAGUCAUCCUGGGUCACGCUGUACAGAAAGUUGAAAUAGUGAAUGAAGGGGAUGAUGAAAUGAAGGAGCAGCUUGCUCACUUAUUCAUGCCAGAAGAGAGCAAAGCUUAUGGCCACGAAGAACUGGAGAAGAGGAAGAACAGCCUGAAGACUUGGCUGGAGACCAAUCACAUCCCUGUAACAGAACAAGGCGAGUCACAAAGAACACUGUGUGUGGCAGGUGUAUUAACUAUCGACCCACCAUAUGGGCCAGAAGACUGCAGCAGCUCCAAUGAAAUUAUUCUAUCUCGAGUCCAGAGCUUGAUACAAGGCCAUCUUGCAACGCAGUAGUAAUGGACAAGUUGACAAACGCUUCUCAUCUAAAACGCUUCUAUUUCAAACAGGGGAGGUGUUCUUUUUCCCUUAAAUUAAGAAUUGUUCUAUACUAUUGGUUGACUUGAUUUUCCACUCACACGUGUGAGGGUGAGCGGUACUGUUGUGCGUUAGCCACUCUGGCUUAUUCUGUAUGUGAGGGAACAGAUGGUGGAUCAGUCGUACAGCUGAAAGCAUUUGUACUACCUAAUAUUUUGUAUAAAAAAAUGUUAUUUGGUAUGAAUGACAU